GGUGGCGAAAUGGGUUUUCGAUUAGAACAUCAGUUGGGCUGUAAAGCGCGCGCAAAGUGCUGGCAACGCGAGCUUGACCAGUCAGCGGCCUUCCAUUCCCGCAUCCUGAUCUCUUCAGCCCGCAGUGCGUGUGUGUGGCCAUUCACCAACUCGCGCCGGCCGUGUCAAGAUCUGCUAAUAGUUAUCUUCAGUACAAUGCAGGAGAACCGGCCCGAGGUGGCCGCCUACUUUGAGGCACUGCUGCAGUCGCGACUGCACAGUCCUCCCAUUCGCUGUGGCUUCGCGGGCGAUGAUAAGGGCAAGGCCAUGUAUGCUGCCCGUGCGCUCAAGGCCGGCGAACCCAUCUGGACCGAGGCCCCGUUCGUGGCCAUGCAACACGAGGACAACAAGGAGUUCGUGGACUGCUGCGAAAACUGCUUCGUUCCGCUCAUUGACAGCAAAGCCUGCUGGGCCCGUGUGAUGGCCUGUCGGGCCGAGGUGGAGGGCGAGGCGGCCCCUGCAGAAGAGGACGUGGCCACCGUUGCCGACUUCGAGGCCGCCAUCGCCUUCUUGCAGAAGGAAGGCGGCAAGAGUCCCGAGGAGAGCUACUUUUCCGUCUUCAAGCUGGCCGAAAAACAAGUCAAGUGCACGUGCGGCGCGAUCUACUGCUCCGAAACGUGCAAACAGAUCGCCUACGCGCAGCAUCACGCUCUGCUGUGCCCGCAGUCGGAGGAACGCGAGACCGACAUGGGCCAAUUCCUCAACCACACGAUUGUGACCAACGAGAUCUUCCAGCUCGCGGCCAAGGUCGUGGCCAAGAUCCUAUUGCUGUUCGUGGCCACAAAAGACAUGGCCCAGGCCCGUCAGCCCGUCGACAUGUUCUGCAAAUUGCCCUGGUGGGAAGUUAUCACCUCGGAAGACGAUCUCGAGGAGGGCGAGACUCUCGAAGAAUACCGCGAUAAGUUCCGUGCGCUUAUCUUGCAGACGUUCGAGCGCUUCAUGGGCGGUCUUAAGGAAAACCUUGUGCACUUGGAGACACAGGGGGAGCUGAAUGGCCUCACGGCCGACGCAGUGCUGGCCUCGUGCGACGAGGUUUUAAACGUCGACUUUUUCAGCCGCGUGGUGGGGAUGUUCGAGAUGAACAACAUUAGCAUGGAGAUUGAUCACCCGUUCCACGCUCUGGGUGAGGCACUGGGUGAGGCCAGUCUCGAGGAGAAGAAGGACAUGCCGCCGGUACUGGCCCGCGUGAAGGUCGCGUUGGAGAAGUUCGCGGAGGAACACAAGCACCAUCUUUGUGACGAGGAGCAUGAACAUGAGCAUGAAGAAGAAGAAUGCUACGCUACGGACGAGGACUUUGUUGGCGUGGAAGGCACGGCGUUGUUCUCGGGUAUUUGCACAAUGAACCACAGCUGCGACCCCAACUGCACUGUGCUGUACACGAAGGAUGGAGCUGCACACGUUUUCGCUGUCCAUGAUAUCCCGGAGGGCAAGGAGCUGUGUAUCUCGUACAUUGAUGUGGACCAGGACGUGGACGAGCGGGAGGAAUGCCUUCAGGAGUAUCAGUUUGUAUGCCAUUGUGACCGAUGCGAGGAGGAACGAAAGGCAUAGCCUUGCUAGUGAGCGGUGGAAUGCAUAUUAAUCAAGAUCCACUUGUACUCCUAGGACUCGCGCUUGAGCAGCUGGAUUGAAAUCAUCCAACAGAAUCAAUGCGUCAGUAUUGCGUCCUCCGCUGUACAUACAGUAUACGCGUGGGCCCGUUUGACUGUGCUGUCUUCCAAGAAAACGCGGAUCUCAACUCCGCGUGACCCAUAAAUGAUAAAAUCUAAAAUUCGUUAAAAGAUUUUGUAUCCGGUGGCAUCGCUGUGUGGAAACUACAGUAGUCCGAAACCCUGGUAUGUAAAGCAUCAUCUUCAUUCUCA